AUGGUAGUCGCUCAGAAGCUUAAGGAAGCUGAGAUCACCGAACAGGACUCGCUCCUUCUGACUAGGAAUCUGCUCCGAAUUGCUAUCUUCAACAUCAGCUACAUUCGGGGACUCUUUCCUGACAAGUAUUUCAACGAUAAAUCGGUUCCUGCUUUGGAUAUGAAGAUUAAGAAGRUAAUGCCUAUGGACGCUGAAUCACGCCGAUUAAUUGACUGGAUGGAGAAAGGUGUCUACGAUGCGCUACAGAGGAAAUACUUYAAGACGCUCAUGUUCUGCAUUUGUGAAACAGUAGAUGGUCCAAUGAUUGAGGAAUACGCUUUUUCCUUCAGCUAUUCAGAUUCUGACAGCCAAGAUGUCAUGAUGAACGUCAAUCGUACUGGAAAUAAGAAACAUGGAGGAACUUUCAACGCCACUGCUGACAUUACACCAAAUCAAAUGAGGAGUUCAGCUUGCAAAAUGGUUCGUACACUUGUUCAGUUGAUGAGAACUCUCGACAAAAUGCCAGAUGAGCGUACCAUAGUGAUGAAGCUUAUGUACUACGAUGAUGUGACGGCACCAGAUUACGAGCCACCUUUCUUCAGAGGCUGUACAGAAGAAGAAGCUCAGUAUGUAUGGACAAAGAAUCCUCUGAGAAUGGAAAUUGGGAACGUUAAUAGCAAACAUCUUGUGUUAACGCUAAAGGUCAAGAGCGUGCUUGAUCCUUGUGAGGAUGAAAAUGAUGACAUGCAAGAUGAUGCUAAGAGUACAGGACCCGAUUCUGUACAUGAUGACCAAACUUCUGAUUCAGAUAGCGAGAUAAGUCAAACACAAGAAAACCAAUUCAUUGUGGCGCCAGUAGAGAAACAAGAUAAUGAUGAUGGAGAGGUCGAUGAAGAUAACACACAGCAUCCGGUUGAAAAUGAACAGCAGUUAGCAAUGGUGAAGGACUGGAUCAACUCUCGUCACCUUGAUACUGUGGAGCUCACAGAUAUUCUUUCAAACUUCCCAGAUAUCUCAGUAGUUCUAUGUGAAGAAAUCAUGGAUCAGCUCGAGAGAGAAGGCGUUCUUUCGAAAACAGGGAAGGACACAUACAUUAUAAACAGAGAUAAGAUACCAGGGAGCGAAUUCACCUUUGUGAAAGAUGAAACGGAUGGUCAAACUGCUCCACAGGAUGGGAAACCUAUAGCUCCUGAAGACUACAUGUACAUGAAAGCUCUGUACCAUUCUCUUCCUAUGAAAUAUGUGACCAUUACAAAGCUUCACAACAUGCUGGAUGGUGAAGCCAACCAGUCUGCUGUUCGUAAGUUAAUGGACAGAAUGACCCAAGAGGGCUACGUGGAAGCUUCUAGCAACCGCAGGCUAGGGAAGCGUGUGAUUCAUUCUAGUCUUACUGAGAGGAAACUAAAUGAAGUCAGAAAAGCUCUUGCCACAGACGAUAUGGAUGUGGAUGUUAAUGAAGCUACGGACAAAACCAACGGUUUAGAGGCCAAAGCAACCGCAGAUGUAUCUACAUGUGGAGGCAUCCACUCCAUAGGAUCAGAGUUCACACGUACGAAAGGAAGAUCAGGGAUGGAGCAGAACGGCUCGGUUCUAAGUGACCAGACCAUCUCGAAAGCUAAUAACACUCCAGUUAGCACUAGAGCACAGCCUGUGGCUUCGAGGGAAAGCUUUGCGGUAAAUGGAGCGGGUGGUAACAAGUGCAAGGAGGUUGACACAAACUGUAGCCAAGCCUCGCAGGAUAAGCGUUGCAGGAAAACCAGCAUGGUGAGAGAGCCUAUUCUGCAGUACUCGAAGCGCCAGAAAUCUCAGGUUAAUUGA